UGUGAAAAAUAUUUAAAGAAGAAGACUCGGGUCUUGUAGUUGGUAGGACCCACAAAAGCCACUCUUCUCUGACUCUCCUGUCCUAAACCCAAAUAUCCUAUGUUUAUUUAAAUACUACCAGAGCUCCCCCUGCUUACUUAUGUACUAUAAUCUAUACAUACAUUAUACAUACAUUGCUGAGAGAUGUCCAUGGCGGCUGCACACUGGAGUUUGACGGCGGGGAUCGACGGUGGCAGUUGGAAAGACACCACCACAGCCACUAGAAGAAUUAGUAGAGGUGCUGCAACACUCGGGUUUGGGUCCGGGUCCGGGUCCGGGUCUCAAUGUUCUAAGCAUUUUCAAUCAACAAAUAAUGGAGUUGCUGCUGCUGCUUCAACUCUCACUCAUUCCUCUGUUUCACUUGCUCCUUCCAGCGUAAAGCGGCACACCAUUUCUGUGUUUGUUGGGGACGAGAGUGGUAUCAUUAAUAGAAUUGCGGGGGUCUUUGCUAGGAGAGGUUACAAUAUCGAGUCUCUUGCGGUUGGUUUAAACAAGGACAAGGCUCUUUUUACUAUUGUUGUCUCCGGCACCAACAAAGUCUUGCAACAAGUUGUCGAACAGCUCAACAAGCUUGUGCAUGUCUUGAAGGUGGAAGAUCUCUCAAAGGAACCCCAAGUAGAACGUGAGCUCAUUCUUGUCAAACUUGGCGCAAGUCCAAGCACACUACCUGAGAUCAUGUGGCUCGUAGAUAUUUUUAGAGGGAAAAUUGUUGAUACAUCAGAUCAGGCAUUGACUGUAGAGGUCACUGGAGAUCCUGGUAAGAUAGCCGCUGUUCUAAGAAAUUUAAGCAAGUUUGGUAUCAAAGAACUUGCCAGAACUGGAAAGAUUGCUUUGAGACGAGAAAAGAUUGGCGAGACAGCUCCUUUUUGGAAUUAUUCUGCGGCUUCUUAUCCAGAUCUUGAGAAAAAAGUACAUGCAUUCUCUUCUGUGGAAAAUGUUAAUCAGUCACUUCAUGACACCUCUACCUCCUCUACGGGCGAUGUAUAUCCUGUGGAGCCUAACAAUGAGUUCGCAUUUCAAAAAGUUCUAGAUCCUCAUUGGGGGGUUGUCUAUGACGAAGAUUCAAGCGGGAAUCAGUCACACACUUUAUGUAUGCUCGUUAAUGAUUCUCCUGGAGUACUCAACAUAGUAAGCGGGGUUAUAUCAAGAAGAGGUUAUAACAUUCAGAGUCUGGCUGUGGGUCCUGCGGAAAUGGAAGGGUUUUCUCGCAUCACAACCGUUGUUCCUGGUACCGAUGACACCAUCAAUAAGUUAGUUAAUCAGUUUCGCAAAUUGGUGGAUAUUCACGAGGUCAAGGAUAUUACUCAUUCACCAUUUUCAGAGCGCGAGCUUAUGUUGAUUAAAGUCGCUGCUGAUCCUGAUGCUAGGAGGGAUGUCCUGGAUAUUGCAAGGAUCUUCAGAGCCAAACCUGUAGAUGUAUCUGACCAUACUAUAACUUUAGAGCUCACUGGAGACUUUGAAAAGAUGCUUGCAUUGCAGAAAUUACUGGAAACUUAUGGCAUCUGUGAGGUGGCAAGGACUGGGCGGGUGGCACUGGUGCGGGAGUCGGGUGUUAAUUCUAAGUAUCUCCGGGGAUACUCUCUUCCAUUCUAGUUAUUAGUUUCUCAUCCAUUCAAGUUUUAGUGUCUAGACCUGCAACUUCUGUCCUAACCUCAUUGGAACUUGUCAAUGUUUCCAGUAUAUCUGUUAUUAGGUGCACUCGUGAUUAAAAAGAUCACGAUGUUAACCUUCUAAAUUAAUCUAUGAACAUUUGGUACCAUAUAUUGUGUUUGCCUUCCUUAA